AUGAGCAGUUCUUCUUUUGAACAGCAGAACCCUGCAAUCCAAAGACUCUCACAAUGCAGCGAUCCUCAUCUUGCGUAUUCGGCACGGUUGAAACAAUGUUUAGUCAUUCAUGGUGAGGAACCACAUCACUUUUUCAAAUGUAUUUGUGAAAAAUUGAACGGAUUUGUGUCCAAUCCCACAAUAUUCCCUUGGACUACUGGGACGAGCAAGGAAGUCUUUGAGCCCUAUUCCGAUGAUGACAAGAUUGAAAAUUUCUUGAAUUGUGUGGAUGUUCUUGACACAAGACAAUUGCCUCACGUAGAAUCUGAUAUUUUGUUGUAUUAUGAUUUGAUUGUGUUUCCAUUGUAUUCAACUUUGGGUAAUAAUGAAAAGUUUAUUCUCCGUUUGCAACAAUUAAUUUCUGAAAAACGAAUAGCAAUAUUAUUCUUGAGAGGAUAUGUUCCCUUUGAAUUGGGAUAUGUGAUCGAACAUCAUUAUAGAGAUUAUGAGUUAUCAGGAAAAGUAAUUUUUGAUUUGACAGUGUUCAAUGAGCUCAGUUCAAGAAGUGAAGUCCUGUCUAAAUUUCAAACAAAACACCACGAUAUUUUAACAUCUGUUGCAGAGAAUCCACAAAAAUUAAUCUCUCUUGAUAAUUACCUUUUUGGUUUAGAUCAAGAGAGACUGAAUGAUGAUCCUUCCGUGUGGCAUAUCGUUUGUAAGAGUGAAGAUGAUAGGUUUUGUUUAUUAAUUCACAAAGAACAUAGAGUAAUGUUUACUCCUUGGUAUGGGUUUAGUCAUGGAAAUUUGUUUUCACAUGAUAUUGUGAAAUAUUUCUGUAAAUUUUUACUAAUGGAGCAUUUGAUAGAACGAGAGAGCAAACUCAAAAAGGAUCUUCUUUCGAAAUUGAAAAAUAGACAAUUAACAGACUUACUAGUUGUGAUCGAUGACUGUUGA